CUUCCUGUUUACCACUUGUUCCUUGAGACAGUUCACGGAUUGCAACACUUCAACAGUCGUGUGAUUUUUGAUCAAGACUAAUAAAUACGCGUUUGAAUCGCUGCUGCUACGGAUUUAAUCGUUUUGGAGCCGGUAAUAUGUUUUUGUCAUUACUGGGGAAGAGGAGAGAAAAUGAAUAAAUGACAGAGGAAACGUGACUAGGCCAGGAGUCCUCGCGAUUUCCUGAGUCAGGCGCCCGGAGUAUUCCUCUGCCAACAAAGGCUCAAUACCAAACAUACGAGUGAUGAGGGCAAGGACUAAAAACCAGUCAGCAUUCAUUUUUCUCGGAAAAACGUUUAGUAAUGUGUUGGAUUUAACUUUAAGUGUGGAUACUUCCUAACAUUAGUUAACUAACAUCAGCUACCUUAGCUAGCCAACCAAAUCCACCACCACUAGCUUAGCCACGUAAACAAAUUACUAUACAUUCUGCUUGCCUGGCCAGUUUUACUCGGAAGGGUUAGCUAGCCUGCUGGCUGGUUAAUACAUCUUUGUUUCUAGAGGGUACCAGCACAGCGGUGCCCUGAAUUCGGGGAGAAUACCCGGCUCCGGCCCUUUCAAGCGGGCAGUCAGGAAGAAACUGGCUGGGAAGGGAUGGCCUGGUGGGUCUUCCCGUUCCCAAGGUGCUGCGGUGUUUGAGGGCGGAAGAGUUCGGAUAGAACCCACGGUGGGUCUCGGCAUGAUGAUGUCUGCAUUCCCUUCCGUGUCUGGGAGUCUCACGGACUCCGGGCUAAUGAUAUCAGGCAGAAAGACUGAGGAAAUAGCGGAUUUGAUAGAUUUGUUUUCGAAGACACAGUACAGAGCGAAAGAAGUCACGCCACGGGUCGAGACGAUAGAGAAGCGUUGCUUGGAGCUCUUUGGCCGAGACUACAAGUACAGUGUCAUCCACAACGCCAACGGGGAGGUGUGUGGCCACUACCCCCGACAGAUGGUCUUCCUCGAGUAUGAAUGUACAGAGCUCCAUAAAGACGGGUUUGAGAGCACAGUCCAGAUCACCAAGCUGCAGGAUCUGGUGAACCGCAGUAAGAUGGCCCGCUGCAGAGGGAGGUUUGUCUGCCCUGUCAUCCUCUACAACGGCAAACAUAUCUGUCGCUCAUCCACUCUGGCAGGCUGGGGGGAGCUAUAUGGGCGCACAGGCUACAACUACAUCUUCUCAGGGGGGAUUGAUGACACAUGGGGGGCAGAGUCUGAGCCAGAGGUUCCAGAGGACGACAGUGCCAGCAAUGGGGACUCUCAGCUCUUUGACAAGGUGCGGGGUCUGGACAUCAAGCUGCUGCGCUACCUCUCUGUGCGCUACAUCUGUGACCUUAUGGUGGAGAACAAGAAGGUCAAGUUUGGCCUAAAUGUCACCUCGUCUGAGAAGGUGGAUAAGGCUCAACGAUAUGCAGACUUCACGCUGCUCUCUGUGCCUUACCCAGGGUGUGAGUUCUUUAAGGACUACAAAGAUAGAGACUACACCGCUGAGGGACUAGUAUUCAACUGGAAUCAGGAUUUUGUGGAUGCUCCUUUGACAAUCCCUGUGUGCUUUACCAAGAACUUGAAUAUAGACUGGAGUAAAUAUCAGUCUUGGGACCUGGUCCAGCAGACCCAGAACUACCUGAAGCUGUUGCUUCACAGCAUCAACAGCGACGACGAGAGCGGUCUCCUCGUGCACUGCAUAUCCGGUUGGGACCGGACACCUCUCUUCGUGUCCCUCCUGCGUCUCUCGCUGUGGGCAGAUGGUGCCGUCCACGCUAGUCUGGAGCCGGCUGAAAUCCUCUAUCUGACCAUCGCCUACGACUGGUUCCUCUUUGGUCAUAUGCUACCUGAUCGCCUCAGCAAAGGAGAGGAGAUUUUCUUUUUUUGCUUCAAUUUUUUGAAGCACAUUGUCUCAGAGAAGUUCUCUGCCAUGAAGAAACCGAGUUUCCACAGAAGGAAAAACUCUCAUUUCAAAGACACUGAUUUCACAGUGGAUGACCUCUGCCAGUUGAAGUCCAGGGACCGGGGCAGCGUGACCAGCCUGAGCAGUGACUUCUCUCUGAUCACGGAGGACGUGGGCGGAGCCACCUGCCUCACCAACGACGCCGUGGACCUGUUUUCCGGCCAGCCCCUGGCAGCCUCCAGCUGGAGGAAGGGACACAACUCGUCCCCACAGACGGUGCUGUGGAACCGGCCCAACCCCCUGCAGGAGCGGCUGGCCCACCCCCUCAGUCAAGAAACCAAGUCCUCCAGCUCUUCCUCCUCCAACCAAUCAGAGACGGGUUUCACGUGCGCAGGCAGCAGUCCUAUGUCUGUGCCCGGGAGAAGGCUGGCGGCAGAGUACGCCCGCUCAGGCUCCUCCCUCUCCAUGGACUACGGCAGCUGGCAGAUCGUGUCGGGCUGCGGCUCCAUCCACGACCGCGGACAGUUCCUGCCAAACCCCACCGCCACCAACGACUUUCCCCUCCCCUUUAUCUUCCAGGACGAGGGGUCCAGCGGACGCAUUUGCCCGUCCCCCUCUGAGCGUCAGGCUCGUCUGGAGACUGUGAGGGAGGUGUUCCUGGCUGCCUACAGCUCCACCGUGGGCCUCAAGUCCAGCGCUCCCAGCCCCUCUGGUGCCAUCUCAGGCCUCCUGGAGCAGUUUGCCCGUGGAGUGGGCCUCCGGGGCACCAACCGCAUCGUCUGAUCUAGGGUCAGGUCUCCCCACCCCAAAUGUGAACUCCGGGCCCGUAAUCAUUGUAUUCAUAAAGUGUCUCAGAGUAGGAAUGCUGAUAUAGGAUCAGUUUUUCCUGUUAGAUCAUAUGGACAGGAAGGCCUGAUUCUAGAUCAGCACUCCUACCGUGAGGCUCUGUGAAUAUGGGCCCUGACCCCCCCCACCCCUCUCCCGCUAAAUCCACGCAUCUCCAUCAAGGGAAGAUGCAUCUCGUAUGGACUCUAAUAAAAAUAAAAAGUGCCAAACUUCUCUACUCUAUUCAGGGGUUGAAGUGUCCUUUUAUAUUUGUUGGUUUAAAAGUGUUUUUAAUAAUUUUUUAUAUAUAUACAUCUCAAACAUUACAUACCCUGGGUUUAUUUUGUUCUUUAAUUUCUCUUUUAAAAAUAUAUAUUUUCUUAUUCAUGCAUUUCCAACUUUCUCUCUGGAGUUAUUCCUUUUUUGUUGGCCACACAUUUUCUUGUCGAUUCAGGGAGUGUCUCGGGGGGCGUGGCCAUGUCAGCCACACUAUCAUUUAGAGACAGAUGACCGUUGUACUUUAACGUAUGGAGCAUUUUUCUUAGGGAUUUGGUGCUAUGAGUGUGCUGAAUCAGAAGCUGCUAUUCAGUGCCGAAUCAGAAGGAAGCAUUACCAUAUAAUUGUAGUGCGUACUGUGGUUGUCAACAAACAGCAUUAGCUAAGUGUGUCAGGGUGUAAUAGAAACAUGCUGUUUCUAUUUGGCAUAGAAAAGCCAUAUCAAUCUGGAUCUAGCUUAAUUCUGUAGAAUUGAAUAUGUUGAGUCCUAUCAGCCUAUUUUUGAAUUGGUUACUCGUUUUUAAUAAUUCGACUUUUUAAGGUCUGUUAAGUCACUUUUAUGUGCAGAAAUUUAAACAAAGAAAUGUUGUGUUGUCGCCAUACAAAACAUUUUCACACGGUCUUCAGUAUACCCAUGUGCACAUACACACCAUCAUUAGACUGGUCCCAGACCUGUUUGGGCUGUCAUGCUGACUCCUACGGUUGUGGCGUGAACAGAUCCAGGUGACACCAUUACCUGAGCUUCAGACCACACACCAGAAGCCAAGCCUAUUAGUUGGCUGCGUUGAAAGUUCUUUAAAAGUCCUACACAAGGUUUAGAUUUGAGCCCCACUUCUGACAGCUAUUCGUAUGCUCAGUCACUUCAUCUCAACUUUUUUUCUCUCAGUUGUGCGACAUGUUGGCUCCGAGCCACCCUGCUAUCAGCCUUUGUUAUCAUUCUAUGUAGUUUGUGGCUGCGUUCCAGACCGACUACAUUGCAGUCGGCUCCCAACACCUGGAUAGGUGUUAAUCUUACUGCAUCAGAUCUAGCAAUCUGAAACCUGACUGUGCAGUCAAAGACAUGGCACAGAACCAUUGGUCAGUGCGAGCGGCAUGACUGCAAUGUAGUCAGCCUGGAACAUGACCUCUCUUUGUGACUUAAGCCCCUAGAGGUAGUGUGGGAGACAUCUCUUUAAAAGUUUUGAAUCUAGAUCUGUCUCGUUACACUACACAAGUAUCUCUUCUGGACCUAGUUUGUCCUUGUUAAUAAUAAAGUCAGCUAGUUUGCUUAACAUUGACAGUAUUGUCAGACUAGCUACAUUAUCCAUAUUGAGAAAAUUGUCAAAAAAAGGAUUUGUUUCCAUGUUUUGGUUGAAAAGGUAAAAGCUUAGUCCGUGGUGAAACAUCUCAACUCCGUUUCCCACUUGUAAUUGCGACUUGGAGGGUCUUUCAAUUGAAAUGUCCAACUCGGAACUAGAAGAUUCCGAUAACUUCUAGCACUUGAACACUUCAUUAAUGGCCGAGUAAAAGCUCUCUUAUUGCUGCAGGAGCCAAGUGGACUGGAUCAGUUCGCUGCCACUGAACAGGGAUCUCUCCCUAUCCAUCCUAUCCUCUCCAUGUUCUCAGUUCCUCUUUGAGAUCUGAAACAAGCCUUUCAGAUCAGGAAGAUGAGACUUUGGCCACGAUUUAAGGAUAUUGGUGCGAGAUGUUACCUUUUCUAGAGUACUCUCACUUGUCAACCAGUGUGCGGACUGAUGCAAUAUUGUACAUCUGGGUAUACCUCAAUUGUCCAUUCUCUGUCUCAUUCAAUCUUCCAACAGUAUUUUUUUAUUUAACCUUUAUUUAAUUAGGAAAGUCAGUUAAAAGAACAAAUUCGUAUUUACAAUGACGGCCUACACCGUCCAAACCCGGACUUCAUUGGAAGCUUACCUGGUUGCUUUCACCAUCUAAUCCUUUAAAAUAAAAAAUAAACCACUGUGCCAUUGGUCCUUCCUCCCUCCUGAAUUUGAGAGAUGUUUACUUUUAUUUUUUAUGAUUAAAAUUAUUUUACUACCAUCAUAUCCUGUAGUAAUCAACUCUGAUAUAAUUUAUCAUACCAGAGAAAUAUUGACUAUAUUGACUAUAGGUCCCUGUUGGUGGCUAUAGGCAGCCCUAGAGCCCCUAGAUUGUUUACAGUUGAUCCAUACCACUCACUUCACACUGGGCACUUACCUUUUAGAAUUACACAAGCACCUCAAGCGAUUGUUCAACUCAUCCAUGUUUUUGCAUGUAAUUUCCCCAACUAAUUAAAACUAGUUGAAUAUAGUACUUUUAGUAUGAUUUUUUUUUUUUUUUGUACCCCUCUUGAUUUGACUGAAAUGCUUCGUUGCACACUCAUUUUACUUCUAUUGUCUGUGUCAACAGAUUGACAUGUUUUUCUUUUAUCAUGUUUGUUCCUUUUUAAAUGGCUCUUUUAAUUGUCACCAGUGAGGCUACAUUGAGAAAGGUGAAUUGAUCUGCAGGUGGUAAUUAUGAAUAAAGAAGAAACAAAGGUU